GGCCUGGGCCGGAGGGGCGGGGCGAGAAGGCUCCGCGCCGGUAAAGGGGCCGCUCGAAGCGCGGUCCGAGCCAUCUACUGCCGCCAGCCUGCAGGCCCUCCAGGCUAGCCGCACGCCCCUUCUCCGCCCGUCGCCGUCACCAGGGAAACGGGUCCAGACCGCCUGCCGACCCAAAGCUGGUUUCAUGGCAUCCUCGAAGAAAGCAGUUUUGGGGCCCUUGGUGGGAGCAGUGGACCAGGGCACCAGCUCGACGCGCUUUCUGGUUUUCAAUUCAAAAACAGCCGAACUACUUAGUCAUCAUCAAGUGGAAAUAAAACAAGAGUUUCCAAGAGAAGGGUAUGAUAUAAGUUCCCUGCAGUCAGAAGACUUACCUGUCUUGUUCACCACUCUAUCCCAGAGUCUGGCAUAUAGUAGACACUCAACAGAACUGGAGGUUUCAGUUUCUUACCAGCAAUCAGCAAGAGGCUGUCCUCAGCUCCUAGAGGCCACCUGCAGUUCCUUCCUAUGUGAGGACUUAACACCAGCAAGGCGGGGAGAGAGUCCAGAAAACAGAUUUAAUAUACUGUUUACUUUGGGAAACGGGCUUAAAAAACUUUCAGGGAGAGAGGCGUAUGGAGCCAGCGCGGCAAGGACCAUGUUGCUUCCGAACAUCCUGCUCACCGGUACACCAGGGGUUGGAAAAACUACAUUAGGCAAAGAACUUGCAUCAAGAUCAGGACUGAAAUACGUUAAUGUGGGUGAUUUAGCUCGAGAAGGGCAGUUAUAUGAUGGCUAUGAUGAAGAGUAUGACUGUCCCAUUUUAGAUGAAGAUAGAGUAGUUGAUGAGCUAGAAAACCAAAUGAGUGAAGGUGGAGUUAUUGUUGAUUACCAUGGUUGUGAUUUCUUCCUUGAACGCUGGUUUCAUAUAGUAUUUGCCCUGAAAACAGAUAACAGUAUUUUGUACAAAAUACUUGAAAAUAGGGGUUAUAAUGAGAAGAAACUAAAAGAUAAUGUUCAGUGUGAAAUUUUUCAAGUUCUUCAUGAAGAAGCCGUAGCAUCCUACAAGGAAGAAAUAGUGCAUCAACUGCCGAGCAAUAAACCAGAAGAUCUAGAGUAUAAUAUCAAUCAGAUACUGAAAUGGAUUGAGCAGUGGGGUUCAGUAGCUAUAGCUGGUGCUGUUAUUCGCUGGCUUAGAGACAAUCUUGGAAUUAUAAAAAGCUCUGAGGAAAUUGAAAAACUUGCUAAAGAAGUAGGUACUUCUUAUGGCUGCUAUUUCGUCCCAGCAUUUUCGGGGCUGUAUGCACCUUAUUGGGAGCCUAGUGCAAGAGGGAUCAUCUGUGGGCUCACUCAGUUCACCAAUAAAUGCCAUAUUGCUUUUGCUGCAUUAGAAGCUGUUUGUUUCCAAACUCGAGAGAUUUUGGACGCCAUGAACCGCGACUGUGGAAUUCCACUCAGCCAUUUGCAGGUAGACGGUGGAAUGACCAACAACAAAAUCCUUAUGCAGUUACAAGCAGACAUUCUGUAUAUUCCAGUAGUGAAGCCAUCCAUGCCCGAGACAACUGCCCUGGGAGCUGCCAUGGCUGCAGGGGCUGCAGAAGGGGUUGGCGUCUGGAGCCUGGAGCCUGAGGACUUGUCGGCUGUCACAAUGGAGCGAUUUGAACCUCAGAUCAACGCUGAGGAAAGUGAAAUUCGUUAUUCUACAUGGAAGAAAGCUGUGAUGAAAUCAAUGGGUUGGGUUACAACUCAGUCUUCAGAAAGUGGUGACCCUAGUAUCUUCUGUAGUCUACCCUUGGGCUUUUUUAUAGUGAGUAGCGUGGUAAUGUUAAUCGGAGCAAGGUACCUCUCAGGUAUGCCGUAAAUACUACCAACUCAUGGAUUCCAAAGAUGCGAGCUCUUUACCUAUGGAGAGAGUCCAGUGAUUCUGUCUCUUAAUGUGAUGACACUAUUCAUAGACUGAUUUUAUUUAUAAGCCACUUGCUGCAUGAUACUCCAAGUAGACCUGUGGCUUGAAAUAAAGAAAAUGCAGCAGAAAGAAUGCUAUAGAAACAUUUGGUGUGUUUUUUAACAGCACUAGUUAAGAUUGGACGAGCCACCUUUGGGGCUGACCCCCUCUUUUGCAAUCAUUUCCUGCCUCAUUCCCUGUAAGAUCUAGGAAGAAUUCAGAUCCUGUUCAUUGGAAUUUUUUUAUCACAUAUAUUCAAACUCUGAUGGGCCAGGAUUUGAUUCCUGCACUACACACACUUCAUUAAGGGGCUAUUACUAAUCGGCUAAAAAUCUGUGGUUUUUUGUUUGCUUCUUUUUAACAGACUCCCCUACCCAAAGUCCUCUUUUCUGCUUAUUAGGGAGACCACAACAUCUUCACUAAAUGCUUAAAUGGAAGCCUCUACUAAAUUCUUAAUAUAGAAAUUUAGUACCCUCAUUCCUUAGGCAUUUUUCUAAAAAGUAUUUGCCAAAACUGAAAAUUCUUCAUGUAUUUUACAUGGUCUCACUAAUUAUACUGAAUUGCUGCUAUCUGGAUCUUAUAGGGAAGGACACUUUCCUUUUUUUUUUUUUUUGUUCAUCUCUCUUUUUUAUAUUUUUUACAUUGUGUAUAACAUACAUGCCUCUAUAUUUUGUAUAAUGAGGGUAGCCCAUUUAUAAAUUAAGAGUACAUGUUCUCACUAAUUACACUGAGUUUCUGUCAGGAUCUUAUAGGGAAGAACACUUCCUUUUCUUUUCAUCUCUCCUUUUUAUAUUUCUUACUUUGUAUGUGUAACAUACAUGCGUUUAUAUUUUAUAUACUGAGGGUAGCCCAUUUAUAAAUUAAGAACACAUUGUAUUCAGUAGAUUCUAAUGGGGCUGGUCUUAAGUGGACCACUAUGUGUAUAAAUAUUUUGGGGAAAACAGCUGUAUACAUUUUUGGGCAACGGUUAUACAUAUUAUUUACCAGGAGAGGCUUUCUUGAAGAGCCAACAUUUAAAAUUUAAGUAUAUGUUCUAUGUGAAUAAAAGAAAAUGUACUUUAUUGUGACUAUAAUUUCUUAUACCAUACUUUUAUAUGCUAAAAAAACCUGUGGAAUAAUAUAGCAUAUAUUGUUUUCAAAUACAAGCACUGAGUCCAUAUAAAGUUUGCUUUUCCUUUGACAUAUAUUUAGAUCUAUUUAGGAUCCUUUUGAGGGGAUAUCAAAAAAAGUUUACAAACUUAAGUAGAAAAAAAAAAGCCAAGAAUCUCUUUCCAUCUAAGUGUGUUAUAAAUGGCUGAUAGGCAAUUAAACUUUCUAUUUGAGAUGACAAGUAGUUAUCUCUGCUUAUGGACAUAUUAUUAAUACAACAGAAAAAUGGUUUAAUUGAUAGAAAAAGCUUCCAGUAAACCCAAGAAUUUCCUUCUCGCUGCACCCACAACCAAGAAAUUCUCAAAAAAUUUAAUGUGAGGCAUUAUAACAACUUACCUAAUCUAGCUUCUCAAUGUCAAUUUUAAAAUAAUCUUAAGAUUAAUUUUUUUACUACAAACAAGAAAAUACUGCCUCCUAAUUAUUUUCUUCAGUAAUGAAAAUGGAAAAAUAUUUAUAUAUAUUAAUAUAAAAGGUUUUGUUUUGUUUGGAAUGAAUGGUAGCUUGCGUUUUCAGUUCUGAUUAUGCUGUUUGUAAAUUAUUGAAUCUGCUGGGUUUUAUUGGUGCAGCUGCCACUUUAGUGACAUAAAUGUUACAGAAAGGUACUAUGAAAUUAGUGACAUAAAUGUUACAGAAAGGUACUAUGAAAUUAUUACUUUGUGGCAAGGACACUUUUAAACAUCAUUUGUUUCUACAAAGGUAGUUUGAGUUAAUGUAAAUAUCUGUGAAAAGCAUUGUUCCAAUAAUUUUAAGAUUACAUUAAUUUUCUAUAAAUUGUGAUAUUUAUAAAUGUUUGAAAUGAUACACGUUGAUAUUUAAUGAUAAAUUUACUUAAAAUAAAUUGACCCUCAUUCUUACUUGCAUUUCUCGUUUCCAGACUAGAACUUAGAUCAAAGUUAAUUGAGAAAGAUGGUUCAGGAAACGUUCAGCUCAGCUGUUAGCCAUUGAUAAGGCACAUACUGAAGAAUUAACCAACAGUUGAAGAAGCAGUUUCUGGGAUGAUGAGCACCUUACUUGUUCUGUCAAAAAAGACUACAUUGUCCCAUCUCAGCAUCCAGAAAAUGCCCCGGUGAGGUCAGCAGCUAUUCUCAGUCGGGUCUUGCAGUCAUGGCUAACCAUGACUUACUGGUUCCACUCUCUGCUUCACUUCCUCUCUACCUGGGUGAGUUGGUGGAGUCAAGUACGCCAUUAUUCUCUGAACUCCAUCACCAACACCUCAAUCUUUUGUUCUCCAGGUAAUCAGUAACAUAAAUAAUGCAUUUUUGCUUCUGUAAUAAUACCUUAGAAUUUUUUUUUUUAGUGUGUUUCUUUUAAAAUGCCUAAGUCUCAGUUCUUUGGCUUAUAGGUAUUUUGUAUCCUGUGGGAAUGAAGAAUGAUUGCAAUUUAGGAGGAACCAUGAGACAAAAGAUGUCAUAGCACAGAAACUAUAACAGCAAUGGUAGUCAAGUAGGUAGUUUUUACCUCAUAGUGUCUAAUCAUAAAGAGAAGUGCAAAAAUUACUAUUUUUAUAGCUUUAAUAAGGUAUAAUUGAUAUAUAGAAAACUGUACAUAUUUAAUGUAUCUACUUUGAUGAGCUUGGACUUAAUGCAUACACCCAUUAUCCCAUCACCAAAAUCAAGGUUAUAAACAUACCAGUCACCUCCAAAAAUUUCCUUGUGUCCCUUUGCUUUGUGUUUGUAUGUUUAAGAAUGCUUAACAUGAAAUCUACCCUCUUAAAUUUUUAAAUGCACAAUAGCAUAUUGUUAACUAUGGCACUAAAAGUUGUACAGCAGUCUCUAGGACUUAAUCAUCUUGUGUAACUAACUUCAUACCCAUUGAACAAUUCCCCAUUUCCCCUCUCACCCCACCCCGUGCUAACCACCAAUAUCCUAUUUCUGUUUGACUUUUUAAGAUUCCACACAUAAAGUAAGAUUACACAAUAUUUCUUUUUGUGUCCAGUUUAUUUCACUUAGCAUAAGGUGUUACAGGUACGUUGAUGUUGCAAACAGUAGAAUUUCCUUCUUUUUAAGGCUGAUCAAGAUUCCAUUGUAUGUAUAUACCACAUUUUCUUUAUCCAUUCAUCUGUCAAUGGACAUUUGGGUUCUAUCUAUAUCUUGGCUUUUGUGAAUAAUGCUGCAGUGAACCUGGGAGUGUAGAUAUCCUGAUUUCGAUUCUUUGGGCUAUAUACUCAAAAGUAGAAUUGCUAGAUCAUAUGGUAGUUCUAUUUUUUAAUUUUUUGAGGAAUCGUUCAUACUGUUUUCCAUAGUGGCUGCACCAUUUUACAUUCCCACCAACAGUGUAAAAGUGUUCCAAGAAUUAGUUUUUAACUAGAACUUUGUAAUAGCUUGUUUUAACUGUACUUUUUAAAUAAGGAAGUUUACUUGAUCUGUUCUUGCAACCUAACAAUUCAUCAGGUCACAUAAUAGGCAUUACUGGAAAACUGAGUGAGUUUCAAAACCAACUUGAUUGCUACUUGAUCUAUACUUUAUAGGUACAUAUCUUAGCUCUGGUCUUAUGUUAAAGGAGAAAAUGUGUUAAGUAUCACAGACAAAGAACUCUCACCAGUGUUUCUAAAGAUUUCCCUGUCAUCAGAGUUAGUGAAAAUGACCUAUUAACUUAAAUUUGGGGAGUAUAAAGAUAAAUAUUCUGAGAAGCAGAAGAGAGGUUAAAAACAAGUUGCUCAUGUUAAUCGGCUAUACCCCGAUAUGAAAUAAGUUUUUUUUUUACAAAGGUUUUAAAAACUGGUUGCUCAAUCAAUUUUAAUUAAUUUUUGGCCAUGCCACUUUGCGGUGCAGGAUGUUAGUUCCCUAAGCAGGGAUUGAAAUCUCGCCCCUUGCAGCAGAAGCUUAGAGUCUUAACCACUGUACCACUAGGGAAGCCCCUGCAAAUCUAAAUUUUUGAGCUUAAGUUCAGAGGCCACUGUACAUGAAUGUUCAUGACAGCAUUAUUCAUAAUAGCACAAGAGAAAACAACUGUCUUAUCAACUGAUGAAUGGUAAAUGAAAGGUGAGAUAUCCAUACAAGGGAAUAUUAUUCACAUGUAAAAAUGAUAAGGUACCACACACAUACUACAACAUAAAUGAAUCUUGAAAACUGCACAGAGUGAAAAAAGUCAUACAAAAAGCCACAUAGUGUAUGAUUCAGAUUGCACGAAAUGUCCAGAAUAGACAAAUCCGCAGGGACAGAAGGUGGAUUAGUGGCUGCCAGAGUCAGGGGGGCGGUGGGGUGCAGAGAAGGGAAAAGGGACAUGACUGCUAAUGGACAGGGUUUCUUUCGGGGUAAUGAUUGCACAACUUUGUGAAUAUACUAAAAACUGAAAAGCAUACACUUUAAAGGAAUGCAUUUAUGGUAUAUGAAUUAUACCUCAAUGAAAAUGUAAUUUGCAUUUAUGUAAAAUAAAUAUAUUUGACCAGUCCCUGACAGCAUGUUAGCUUAUAAUCCCUGAAAUGAACCCUCUGAAGGAAAUAAAUUUUAUUUGCUCCUCAAAAAUAUGGAGGUUAAUAAAUGUAUCCCCUAUUUAUUUCACUUUCAUUAACUCUUUUUCACGUAUCUAAUAUUGAAAAUAAGAAAAAUCCUUUAGUCACUAAUACAUAAAAGAUUAUGAAGAAAUAGAAGAUCUGGGCUCCCAUUCAGCUUCCCAGGGAUUUUCAUGGUUUGUCCAAUAGAAUAUACUGAUCAAAAGGAUACAGCUAACUCAUUUUCCCCAAAGACUUGGUAAAUGAGGAGGCAGUCUUCUGAACAUAUUAAGUAAAACAUAUUACAAUAAUCACCAGUAACUUGACUUGUAGUUAAGAAACUGUGCUGUGUCUUAAUUUUCUUGAAGGUUUAAUCUCAUCUUCUUUCUCCUCAAGCUCAUUUUAAACCUUCAGCCUUUUAUUAAUUUACCUCCACGUCUCUUUCUUUACUACAGUGUUUAUAGGAGAGAACAAUGUCUGUUUGCCACCUACCUCUUCAAAUAAUUGUAAAUAUAAUUCAAAUGACAGUGAAUAUUUGCAAGUUCAUUCUCUACAUCACUGGUUUCUCAACAGCCAAGGGACCUCUUUGUAAAAUGAGCAUUCUUGUCCGUUUAAUUUUUUGAUCAAAUUGUUAGUUGGAAAUGAAUAAUACUGUUCUUAGAAAAAUUGGAAAAUAAAAGGUUAGAAAGAAGGGUAGAAAAUUAUCCAGACUCGUAAAUAAUACCUGUGGUUAUUUUAAUUUUUCCCCUAAACUUUAAGGUGGUAUUUUCACAGAUCUUGGAUGUUCAUAAAUGUUGUAUAAAAAUUUUAACCUGCAGAACAACACAACGUAUCAUGUAUGUGAACACAUACAGUUGAACUAGAAGUAUGAAACUUGGACAGGGAUGAUAGAUAACCAAGUUUUGGAUGGUGGUUACCUCUGGAAGGCAGAGCAUGGAAUCAGGCAAGAGACUUCACUGGAACCUGAAAAACUGUGUUUCUUAAAAAAUUAAAAGAGUUAAAGCAAAUACAGAAAAAUCUUAAGAGUUGACUGAGUGAUAGUAUGGAUUUUUUUUUUUACUGUAUCCUCUACUUAUCUGUAUUCUUGAACUAUUUCAUAGUAAAAAGAUAAGGUGAAAAAAAAGACAAUGUAUCAUCGUCUGAAUUAUAUGUAUCAAGUCCAUUAGUGUAAUCUUGUUUAUCCUGACACCUUUACAAAUUAAAAGGGCUGAAAUCUUA